AUGGGACCCCUGUGGAGCUGGUGGGCUCUCUGGGCCGGAGCAGCCCUCCUGUGGGAACUAAUGAAUCCGUGUGAACCUCCCUGCCAAGGCAUUCAGUGUACAUCUGGACAGCGCUGCCAGAUGGUGAGCGGGAAGGCCAGGUGUGUGGCAGAGUCCAUAGCUGUCUGCCGCGCCCAGGGUGAUCCCCAUUACACAACCUUUGAUGGCCGUCGCUAUGACAUGAUGGGCACCUGCUCCUACACCAUGGCUGAGCUACGUAGCACCAAUAAGUCUCUCCUGGCCUUUAAAGUAGAAGCCAAGAAUAAGAACCGGAGCACCAACAAAGUCUCCUACGUGCGCUUGGUCACCGUGCACGUUUACAACCAUACUGUGUCCCUGGAGUAUGGAGAAAUUGGCAUUGCCCGGAUCGACUACCAGUACUCAAGCCUUCCUGCCUCCCUGAGUGAGGGUCGCCUGCGUGUGUACCAGAGCGGGACACAGGGUGUGAUAGAGCUGGACUUUGGGCUGGUGGUCACCUAUGACUGGGAUGGCCGGCUGACACUGAGCCUGCCCAAGCGCUUCCAAGACCAGGUGUCUGGGCUGUGCGGCAACUAUAACGGAGACCCUGCUGACGACUUCCUCACGCCUGACGGGAAGCAAGCUUCUGAUGUGUUAAACUUCACCAAAAGCUGGAAGCUGGAUGACGGCGACCACUUAUGUGAUGAUGGCUGUUACGGCAACUGUCCCUCGUGCACGGCAAGCCAGUCCCAGUUCUUUAAGGGAGACCUUUUCUGUGGCUUGCUAACUCUGUCCAUGGGCCCGUUUGCUGACUGUCAUGGCUUUCUGGACCCCAAGCCUUUCCUGGAGGAAUGUGUGUAUGACAUGUGUGUGACUGGUGGGGAACGCCUCACCCUGUGCAACGGCCUCAGUGCCUAUGCUAGAGCCUGUGUGGACCUGGGCAUCCCUGUCCGGGAAUGGAGGUCGCGAAGCAACUGCCCCCUGUCCUGUCCGGCCACCAGCCACUACGAGCUCUGCAGCCCUGCCUGCCCAGCCUCCUGCAACUCAGAAGCUCUACCCACCAACUGCUCUGGGCGCCCCUGUGUGGAGGGCUGCGUGUGCCUUCCUGGCUUUAUGGCCAAUCGUGGCCAUUGUGUGCCUGUGUCAUCCUGUGGCUGCACCUUCCAGGGCCGCUUGCUGGCCCCGGGUCAGGAAGUGUUUGCUGACGACCUAUGCCGGCAACGCUGCACCUGUGAUGGAGCCACCCAGAAGGUGAUCUGCCAGGACACGCCAGGAUGUCUACCUGGAGAGCGCUGUGGGGUGCAGAAUGGCUUCUUGGGUUGCUACCCAGAAUACUUCCGCAGCUGCCAGGCCUCCGGAGACCCGCACUACAUGACCUUGGAUAUGCGGAACUACAAUUUCAUGGGUACCUGCACCUACAUGCUUGUUGCCUCGUGUGGCCAGCACCCCUCCCUCCCCGAAUUCAAAGUGGUUAUGGAAAACGAACGUCGCGGAAGUCAGAGCGUGAGCUUUGUAUAUUCCGUGCAGCUGGAGGUCUAUGGAGUAAAACUGGAGGUGCCCCGGGACUAUCCGGGCAAAGUACUGAUGGAUGGCAUCAGUCUCCACCUGCCUUUUCAAGCCGCAAGAGGAAAAGUCGUAGUGUUCCGUCAAGGCAAGUACGCCACGCUGCGCACGGACUUUGGGCUGACUGUCAGCUUCAACUGGGACACCCAUGUGACUGCCAAGGUGCCCAGCAACUAUGCUAAAGCUGUGUGUGGGCUCUGUGGGAACUUCAACGGGGACCCUCGUGAUGACCUGGGUCUGCAGAGUAAAGGGGAAGCCCUUGACCCUCGAGACUUCGGGAGGAAGUGGCUGGUGACAGCAAAGCCCAGCUGCAGGACUGAUGAACAACAUGUGUGUCCCGACAUAAACAGCAAGGUGGUGGCAGAGAACAGGAAGAAGUGCCAUAUCCUCGGUGACCAGAAUGGCCAGUUCAGGGACUGUCGGAGAGUAAGCACGUUCAACAACGCCCUCAUGGAGUGUAUUUAUGACAGCUGCCGCAUGCGGGGUCAAACCAAGCCACUGUGCGACACGCUGUCCACAUACACCACCAUAUGCCAGGCUGAAGGGGUCACCGUGUAUCCCUGGAGGAGUGAGAAACUUUGCCCAAUGAACUGCCCUCCUCACAGCCACUAUGAGCUGUGUCAGCGAGGCUGUCCGUUGACCUGCGGAGACCUGCCAGUGCCUGGAGGCUGUGGCUCAGAUUGCCAUGAGGCCUGUGUCUGUGAUGAGGGAUUUGUCCUCAGUGGUGAGACGUGUGUACCCCUGUCUUCCUGUGGUUGCGUAUACCGGGGCAUUUACCACCCUGUGGGAGAUGACUUCUAUCCUGGCCCUGAAUGCAAUUCCCUUUGCCACUGUUAUAAGGGUGGCCUGGUGUCCUGUCAGCCCUCGUAUUGCAGCCCACAUGAAGUCUGUAAGCUGUCCAGUGGCAUCCUGAGGUGUGUGGCUGAGGAUUCAGCCACCUGCCAGGUAUCAGGAUCGUCCCAUUACACCACCUUUGACGACCGUCGAUUUGACUUUCUGAGCAGCUGUGUGUUUGUGCUGGCUCAGACCUGCUGGACCAGGCCGGGCCUGCAACAGUUCACAAUCCUUCAGGAGAACACCGCCUGGGGCAACAACAAGCAACUCAGUGUGAUCAAGACGAUCACCGUCCAGGUGGACAACUACACCCUGCAGCUCGAGCAGAACCAAUGGAAGGUCAAGGUGAACGGUGUGGACAUGAAGAUGCCCGUUUUGCUAGAUGACAACAGUGUUCAGGCCUUCCAGCAUGGCAUAGAUGUGGUAAUCAAGACCAAAUUUGGCCUGCUCGUGUCCUACGAUCUCAACAACAAUGUGCGUGUCACCAUCCCCCAUAACUACUACAAACACAUGUGUGGCCUGUGUGGGGACUACAACGAUGACCCCAAGAAUGACUUCCAGAAAUCCGAUGGCUCACAGGCAGCCAGUCCCACUGAGUUGGGUAACUCCUGGCAACAUGCUGUGCCAGACUCUCCCUGCAUACUCCCGCCCGCCUGCAAACCAGGACAAGACUGCAAACCAACGUGCAGCCCUGAGCUGGAGAACAAGUAUGGUGGAGUACAGUUCUGUGGGCUGCUCGCCAGCCCCACGGGACCGCUGGCUGCCUGUCACAAGCUGUUGGACCCCCAGGGUCCCUUGAAAGACUGUGUCUUUGACCUCUGCCUGGGUGGCGGGAACCAGAGCAUUCUCUGUGACAACAUCCACGCCUAUGUGAGCGCCUGCCAGGCAGCGGGAGGGAAAGUGGAGCCCUGGAGGACCGAAACCUUCUGCCCAAUGGUGUGCCCCCCUCACAGCCACUAUGAGGUCUGCGCAGACACCUGCUCCCUGGGCUGCUCGACCAUCACCACCCCAAUAGCGUGUCCAGACACCUGUGCUGAGGGCUGCGAAUGUGACAAUGACUACCUGCUAGGCAUCACAGGCUGUGUGCCCAUGGAGAAAUGCGGCUGCCACUACAAUGGAGUCUUCUAUGAGCCAGAGGAGUCAGUUCUCAUUGAAAAUUGCCAGCAGCAGUGUGUGUGCCAUGCAGGAGAAGGGAUGGUGUGCAAAGAUCACAGCUGUAAGCCAGGACAGGUGUGCGAGCCCUCAGGAGGCGUCCUGACCUGCAUCACCAAAGACCUAUGCCAAGGUGUCACCUGUCGGUCACAGGAAACAUGCACAGUGAAAAAUGGCAAGGGUGUGUGCACACCCAAUUACGAGGCCAAAUGCAGGGUAUGGGGAGACCCACACUAUCAGUCCUUCGAUGGCUUGAACACUAACUUCCAUGGAACCUGCAAUUACCUGCUGGCAGGAAGUGUCUGUCCUGGGCUCAGCGCUAACGGGCUGACCCCCUUCACGGUUGCCACCAAGCACGAGAGCCAGGGCAAUCCUGCUGUAUCCAAUGUGAGGAGGGUCACCGUGACUACCUACAACUCCAGCAUUGGCAUCCACAAGAAGGGGAUUGGCAGAGUCCAGGUGAAUGGAGUUCUGCAGAACUUGCCUGUCUACCUGGCUGGUGGGCGGAUCUCAGUGGUUCACGGGGGCUCCAAGGUUGUCCUGCAGACCGAUUUCGGGCUUCAGGUCACUUAUGACUGGAACUGGAGAGUAGAGGUCACGCUGCCCAGUAGCUACCACGGUGCAGUGUGCGGGCUCUGUGGAAACAUGGACAAAAACCCCCAAAACGACCAAGUGUUCCCUAACGGCACAGUGGCACCCUCCAUACCCAUCUGGGGUGGCAGCUGGCAAAUUCCAGGGUGGGACCCUCUUUGCUGGCAUGAAUGUCAGGGUUCCUGUCCAAUGUGUCCAGAAGACCGAAUGGAGGAGUAUGAGGGUCCUGGCUACUGUGGACCUCUGGCUCCUGACACAGGGGGCCCCUUCUCCAACUGCCAUGCCCAUGUACCUCCUGAGAGCUUCUUCAAGAGCUGUGUGCUGGACAUCUGCUUGGGUGGUCAAGUCAAAGACAUACUUUGCCAGGCACUGUCUUCUUAUGCUGCUGCCUGCCAGGCUGCUGGCAUCCGAAUCAAGGACUGGAGGACUCAGGCUGGCUGUGAGAUCUCCUGCCCUGACAACAGCCACUAUGAGCUCUGUGGCCCACCCUGCCCGGCCAGCUGCCCACCCCCUGCACGCCACACAGCCCCAGCUGCAUGUGACGGGCCCUGUGUGGAGGGCUGCCAGUGUGACCAGGGCUUCGUGUUGAGCGCUGAACAGUGUGUUCCCCUGGAUGGUGGCUGUGGCUGUUGGGUCAAUGGCACAUACCAUGAAGCAGGCACUGAGUUUUGGACUGAUGCCACCUGCUCUAAGAAGUGUCACUGUGGACCUGGAGGUGACUCCUUGGUCUGCACAUCUGCUAGCUGCAGACCGGAUGAGGAGUGUGCCUUGUUGCCCUCUGGCCAGCUCAGCUGCCAACCUACAAGCAUAGCUAUGUGCCUGAUCUUGGGUGAUCCUCAUUACAUCACCCUAGAUGGACACCAGUUUGACUUCCAAGGCACCUGCGAGUAUCUGCUGAGCGCGCCCUGCCAAGAACCACCCACAGGGACUGAAUAUUUCAAAGUCACUGUGACUAAUGAGCACAGGGGCAGCCAGGCUAUCAGCUAUACCCGCCUCAUCACUCUGCAUAUCUAUGGCCUCAGUCUGACCCUCAGUGCCCAGUGGCCAAGGCGGCUACAGGUGAAUGGAGAGAUGAUAACCCUGCCUUUCCAUCUGGACUCACGACUGCUCGCUCACCUGAGCGGCUCAGGUGUGGUGGUAAACACCACCUCAGAGGUCUCCCUGGUUUUUGAGGACAAUUUCGUGCGCCUGUACGUGCCUGCAGCUUAUGCGGGCGCCCUCUGUGGCCUGUGCGGGAACUACAACAAAAAUCCCAAUGAUGACCUGAAGGCAGUAGAUGGAAAACCAGAGGGCUGGAAGGUGGGCGGAGCCCCAGACUGUGACCAGUGUGUGACUGGGACUUGCCCAAAGCCCUGUACACCCGAGCAACAGGAACCCUUCCGUGGCCCCGACGCCUGCGGCAUCAUCUCCGCCCCCAAAGGCCCGCUAGCACCCUGCCACAGCCUCGUGCCACCCACGCAGUACUUCGAGGCUUGCUUGCUGGAUGCCUGUCAGGUUCAGGGCCACCCAGGAGGCCUCUGUCCUGCUGUGGCCACCUAUGUGGCAGCUUGUCAGGCUGCUGGGGCCCAACUUGGGGAGUGGAGGAAGCCAGACUUCUGUCCCUUCCAAUGUCCUGCCAACAGUCACUAUGAACUCUGUGGUGACUCCUGCCCUGUGAGCUGCCCAAGCCUGGAGGCCCCCAAGGGCUGUGAAACCACUUGCCGUGAGGGCUGUGUCUGUGACUCUGGCUUUGUGCUCAGUGGUGACACCUGUGUGCCUGUGGGCCAGUGUGGCUGCCUCUACAAUGGACGCUACUACCUGCUAGGUGCCACAUUCUACCCAGGCCCUGAGUGUGAGUGGUUUUGUGAGUGUGAGGCAGAUGGGCAUGUCACCUGCCAGAUUGAGACCUGUGGUAUCCAUGAGGAGUGUCAAUUAGUGGAUGGCAUCCGUGCCUGCCAUGCCAAGAGUUCUAAAUUAAUGCUGGUCCUCGACGGCGUCCAUUUUGCUACACCUGAUGGAUUGGUGUAUGACCUUCAUGGUUCCUGCUCCUACAUCCUGGCACAAGUUUGCUACCCGAAACCUGGAGAUGAGGAGUUUUCCAUUGUGCUUGAGAAGAACUUGGCUGGUGAACCCCAGCGACUGGUGGUUUCUGUAGCAAGCCAUGUAGUGGUCCUGGCUCAAGGACCGCAGGUGACGGUGGACAGCGAAAGCGUGACCCUGCCUGUGGUUGUGAGCUCCUUGUAUAUAACUAUUGAGAGCCGAAACAUGCUUCUGCAGACGAAAAGGGGGCUGAAGAUUCUCUUUGAUGGUGAUAACCACAUCCUCAUGUCUAUCCCUAGUCCCUUCCAUGGACGUCUCUGUGGCCUCUGCGGGAACUUCAACGGGAACCAAAGCGAUGACCUUAUGCUGCCCAGUGGCACAUUGGCCCCCAACGUGCAGGCCUUUGGAGCCGCGUGGCGAGCUCCUGGCUCCUUGCUGGGCUGUGGUGAAGGCUGUGGGCCCCAAGGCUGCCCUGUGUGCUUGGCAGAGAAGAGAGAAGCAUACGAGAAAAACGAGGCCUGUGGACUGCUCUGGAACCCCAACGGCCCCUUCGCAGACUGCCACCAGGUUCUAAAUACCACAGAAUACUUCCACCAAUGUGUAUUUGAGCUGUGUGCCCAUAAGGGCAACCAAGUAUACCUCUGCCGUAGUCUGGCGGCCUAUACCGCAGCCUGUCAGGCAGCUGGUGCAACCGUGAAGCCCUGGAGGACAGACAGCUUCUGCCCUCUCCAGUGUCCGGCCCACAGCCACUACUCUGUGUGCACAGGCUCCUGCCAGGGCUCCUGUGCGGCUCUCGCUGGCCUCACCCAAUGCACCACUCAAUGUUUUGAAGGCUGUGAGUGUGAUGAUUACUUCCUGCUCUCCCAGGGUGUGUGCAUUCCUGCCCACGACUGCGGCUGCACCUACAAUGGCCGAUACAUGCCGGUGAACACCUCACUGAUGACCUCAGGCUGCACAAAGCGCUGUAUCUGCUCCCCAAGAACCGGCCUGACGUGCCAUGCUGCUGGCUGCCCAUCUGGCCGAGUGUGCGAGAUCCGAGCAGGAGUUCGGGAUUGUUGGCCAGCCAAAGGUCUCUGCUCCCUCUCCAUGGGGUCUAACCUCGUCACCUUCGAUGGGGCUCACAGUGUCAUCAGCUCCCCUGGUGUCUAUGAGCUUUCAUCUCGAUGCCCGGGACUCCAGAAGACUGUGCCCUGGUACCGUGUGGUUGCUGAUGUCCAGUCUUGCCAUGGUAACGACAAGGUCCUGAGCAAGGUCCACAUCUUCUUCCAGGAUGGAAUUGUGACUGUGUCCCAAAGCAAGGGCGCUUGGGUGAACGGUCUCCGAGUGGAUCUCCCGGCCCAGGUGUUAACAUCUGUGUCUGUGAGGAGGUUGCCCGAUGGCUCUGUGCUCGUCCACCAGAAGGCAGGGGUCCAGGUCUGGCUUGGAACAGACGGGCAGCUAAAUGUGAUGGUCGGUGACGACCAUGUGGCCUUGCUGUGUGGGGCCUGUGGAAACUUCGAUGGGUACCCAAAUAAUGACAUACGUCAAUCUCAGGGGAAGACACCGAUGGAGAAGUGGAGAGCACAGGACUUCUCCCCAUGUUCCAACUGAUCAGUCAUCACUGACGGACUCCUCAAGACCUGCCUCUUCCAGAAGUUACAGUGAUUGAAGGAUGCCCGCCCGUGUGUCCCUUCCCUGCCCCUCCCCUUUGCUGAGCCACUGAGGCCAAAUCUGAAAGCAUUGAGUAAAUAUCUU